UCUUAGAUAGCAAUGUGAUAUAACAAUCCAUUAUACAGGCAGUUUCAUGGCAACGCAGACAGCGAUUAUGUAUCAUAACAACAGUAAACAAAACGUGGUACAAAACUUGCAGUACAUUCAUAGCAUGAAACAGCAGCAUGCGACGAGCAAAGCAGCAGCAUAACAGAACAUUAACAUGAACAAACUAAUCCGCUUGGAAAGGUCGGAGCGUUGCAACAUCCUCAAUAUGUUCGGAAGUUGGCAUAUCAUCGUCAUCGUCGUCCUCCCCGUCGUGGACGUAGACGUGGUCGUGGUCAGUGUCCUGGUCGGAGUCCUGGUAGGUAUGGUAAUCGUCACUAUCGCCAUAAGUGCCAAAGGUCGACUCUCCAUCCUCCGAAGAAGAAAAGGGGCUGUCGGUGCGGGCGAUACGAGCGACGCAGUAGUACAACGGAUGGUUAGGGUUGUGGAGUUCGUUAUCGACGUAGAUGAACUGAUCGGCGUAUUCAAUAUUCUGUGGGCCUGGGUUCUCAUCAUCGUCAUUGUCAUAAUAAUAAGAGUCGUUUCCAGCAAAGACAGUAUCUUCAUCAGUCAGAGUAAAGUCCCGCUGCUCUUCGUCCUCGUCUCCAUGCUCCAACCUAUACUGCUGACUCGCACCGUGCGAAAGAGGUGGACCGAAGACGUGUAUAGGUUGGGGCCCUGUAAACGCGGGAGAACAGAGGCUAUGUACCCCGUUAAGGUAUCGGUUGGUGAAAGUUCUGUAGCGAGGCCUGUUGGUCAGGCUGGGGUUACGGUUGUGGGUGCGAGUGUUGAUAAAGGGGGCGCCGACAGAGGAGGUGGAGAAGGAAGAAGAGGGAAAGUCAGGGGAGGGAGCGUAGUUUUCAAGGGGUGUAAUGAAGUCCAUAUUCUCUCGAUAUCCUCUGGUAGCCAGGCAAGAAAUAUUUGCUUGAAGAGUGGAGAUAGGCAACUGAUGCGUUAUUGUAGACAGGUGGUUGUAUGAUAUUUUGCGGAAGUAGGUUAUCUCAGGAGUGCAGCUGGUAGAUGAGAGAGAGAUACAGAGGGAAAGACGGAAGAAAGAGGAGAGAGAAGAGAAAAAGAGAGAGGCGAGACAAACUGCCCUCAAGGGGGGACUGAAAACCCUAU